AUGGGCGCAUCAGCGGCUCCCGUGGAGUGUACGUACACCUCGUACCUUCACCGCCUCAUUCUCGUCUAUCAGCUCAUAAGUCAAGACGAGGCCCUUCCGGGUUUGUUGAGUGCCCACGGGGGCCCCCAGGGGUUGGGGGCCCCCCUGGGGGCCCCCCUGCAGCAGCAGGGGGCCCCCCUGGGGGCCCCCCUGCAGCAGCAGGGGGCCUCCUGCCGGCUGUGCGACUCGCAGUUGCAUGCGCGGGCGGUUGCGGACGUUUCGGCCCUCAAGGCUCACCUGCUCUCUCCUUCAGCAGCAGCAGCUGCUGCUCCUGCUGCUGCCGCUGCAGCAGCAGCAGCAGCAGCAGACAGUGGCGAGUCUGCUGCUGCUGCUGCUGCGAGCUGGAGGCCCAAGGAGGACCCUGGGGGCCCCCCUGGGGGGGCCCCCGAGGGCCCCCUGAGCACAGCUUGCCCGAGCACUGCUGCGAGCACAACUGACGAGGUGUCUGGGGAGUCGGAGCGGGUGGCGCCUCUGGACUCGUCUGCUGCAGCAGCAGCAGCAGGAACAGCAGCAGCAGCAGCAGCAGCAGCAGCAGCAGCAGCAGCAGCAGCAGCGUCCCGGGAGCCGUUGAUAUUCGUGUACGACCCGUCGACGGGCCGGGCGGUGCCUCGUCCGGAAGGGCUGUGGUCGCCUUCCCCGGCCGCCGCUGCUGCUGCUGCUGCUGCUGCUGCUGCUGCUGCUGCAGCACCAGCAGCAGCAGCAGCAGCAGGCCGCGUGUACGUGGACGGGGUGUUUGACCUGCUGCACUCGGGCCACUUCAACGCCUUUCGACAAGCCCGAAGUCUGGGGACUUGUCUGGUAGUUGGGGUCAACGGAGACGCAGAAACAGCAGCAGCAAAAGGGUCUUGUCCGAUAUAUUCAGCAGCAGAAAGAGCGGAGAUGGUUAGCUGCUGCAGGUGGGUCGAUGAAGUUGUUCUUAAUACUCCUUAUGCUGUUUCCACUUUGCUGCUGGACGUGCUGCGCUGCGCUGCUGCUGCUCACGGCGACGACGCAGCAGCAGACGCAGCAGGCCGGGACGCCUACGCGGGGCCUCGUGCUGCAGGCCGGCUGCGGCUGUUUCGCCGCACGGAGGGCGUCAGCAGCAGCAGACUCACCAAGCGCCUUCUUGCUGCUGCUGCUGCUGCUGAGGGGGAGGCAGCAGCAGCAGCUGCUGCAGCAGCUGCAGCAGCAGCAGACGCCCAAGGCGCAGCAAGCGCCAGCGACGGGCGACCCGGGGACGCCCCGGGAGGCCCCCUGCUGCAGCAGCAGCUGCAGCAGCAGCAGCAGCAGCAGCAGCAGCAGCAGCAGCAGCAGGAGGGGGAGGAGGGGAGGCGGAGGGAGGGGGAGUGGAACUUGUUCAUGUCUUCGAAAAGACUCGCGCAGUUCAUCGGAAGUCCCAAAAAAGCAAAACCUGGAGACAAAGUCGUUUAUGUCGACGGCUCCUUCGACGUCCUACACGUUGGCCACGUUCGAAUUCUUAAACUCGCCAAGGAGAUGGGGGACUAUUUAAUUGUUGGCGUGCACGAUGACGCCACAGUGGCUUCUGUAAAGGGCCCAGGCUUCCCGGUGAUGAGCUUGAACGAGAGGGCCCUCAACGUUUUGGCGCUGCGGAUGGUGGACGAAGUGAUAAUAGGGGCCCCCUGGAAUAUCCCCAAGUACUUGUUGGACAUGUUUAAGAUUCAGUUGGUGGUGCGGGGCACGCGGAUUGACUGCACGGGGGGAGGGCCCCCCGCUGCUGCUGCUGCUGCUGCAGCAGCAGCAGCAGCAGCAAACGAAGAAGACCCCUACAAAGUCCCUAAAGCCCUCGGCAUUUACCGAGAAGCAGAAACCUUUUCCAACUGGACCACCAAGGAAUUGGUGUCUCGCGUUUUGAAGAACAGGCAGGCCUUGAGUGCCUCUCUCAUCCGCAGGCACGCCAAACCCUAA